AUGACGCAGAUUAAACGGCAAGAGGGCCAGGCCGAGCUGCCGACGCCUGAAAGCACCCAUUCCUACUGGCACCGGGACCCGUCGCUCGCGCUGCUGGGCCACCGCACCACCGACAAGCUCCCCGAACAGGCCGACGUCGUUGUGGUAGGCAGCGGCAUCACAGGCGCGUUUGCUGCGAGGGAGCUCGUGGAUGGAGGACGUGAUGUGCUCAUGCUCGAGGCACGCGAGGCGUGCUGGGGCGCCACUGGCCGAAAUGGCGGCCAUUGCCACCCGAUGAUCUUCAUCACCAAGCCAAACGUGGCGCAGUUUGAGCUCGACAAUUACUUUUUCCUACGGGACCUGGUCAGCGCCCACCAGGUGCCGUGCGACUGGGAGUCGACGGGCGCCGUGUGCCGCCUCGCCACCGAAGACGAGGCCGAGGCCGCCAGGGAAAAUGUGCGACUCCUGCGCAGGUAUCACCCGUCCCUCGCGGACAAGGUGCGCUACGUCGAGGAUCAACGGGAGCUGGCGGAGCUGCGCGUGCCCGGCGCCCGCGCCGCGGUGCUGCACCCCCACGCGGCCAAGCUGUGGCCUUAUAAGCUCGUGGCGUGGGUACUGGAGACGUUGCUGGGGAGGAAUGAUGAUGAGUCGGCGCGGCCGCGGCGGGUAAAGUUUAACCUGCAGACGACGACGCCGGUGACGAGCCUCCAACGGUACGGGGGCUCGUGGGUGCUGCACACGCCGCGCGGCCAGGUCGUCGCCAAGCAGGUCCUGCUCGCGACCAACGGCUACACGUCGCACCUUCUGCCCCGUAUGACGGGCCUCAUCCGGCCUACGCGCGGGCAAAUCUCGGCGCUGCGGCCACCGCCCGGCGGGCACACGCCGCUGCGGCGCACGUAUAUUUGGAGCACAGCCGACGGUGCCGACGACUACCUCGUGCAGCGCGACGACGACGACGACGACGAAAACGGCGUGCUGAUACUCGGCGGGGAGCGUACCGGCGACGCCGAGCUGCGCAGCCACACCUCGCGCGACGACAUCAUCGACGACGAGAUUAGCGCGCGGCUGCGCAGAGGCCUGCAUGGGGCUAUUGAGCUACGGCCCGGGAAGGAAGAGGUGGAGGAGCUGCGGGCGACGUAUGAGUGGACGGGCAUCAUGGGCUACUCGCGGGACGGCCAUCCGUGGAUCGGGCAGGUGCCGGAGGUGCUGGGCGGGGAGGAGGGGGGAUUGUAUGUGAGCGCGGGAUACACGGGGCACGGGAUGCCGGUGGCGGCGAGGAGUGGUGUGGCGGCGGCGCGCAUGAUGCUGGGGAAAGGGACGGGGGAUGUGAGACUGCCGCAUGAGUUUGCGAUUUCAGAGAAGAGGGUCAAGGAGGCGGAGAGGGCGGUGCUGCCGCAGACGUUGGAGGAGGAGAUUGGGAUGAAUGCAUUUUGGAUUGAGCAGCAGGCAGAGCAGUAA